AUGGCUGUUCGUGCUCAGUUUGAGAACUCCAACGAGGUUGGCGUCUUUGCGACGUUGACAAAUUCAUACGCCCUGGUGGCUCUCGGCGCCAGCGAGAACUUUUACAGUGUCUUCGAGGCCGAGCUCCAGGACGUCAUCCCCAUUGUGCGCACCACCAUCGCCGGCACGCGCAUCAUCGGACGCCUCACGGCCGGCAACCGCAAGGGCCUUUUGGUGCCCACGACGACGUCGGACCAGGAGCUGCAGCACCUGCGCAACUCGCUGCCCGACUCGGUGCGCAUCCAGCGCAUCGAGGAGCGUCUGUCGGCCCUGGGCAACGUCAUCGCCACCAACGACCACAUCGCCCUGGUGCACCCGGACCUGGAGCGCGAGACGGAGGAGAUCAUCGCCGACGUGCUGGGCGUCGAGGUCUUUCGCCAGACCGUCGCCGACAACGUCCUCGUCGGUAGCUACAUGAGCAUCUCCAACCAGGGCGGCCUGGUGCACCCCAAGACGACCAUCCAGGACCAGGACGAGCUGUCGAGCCUGCUGCAGAUUCCCUUGGUGGCCGGCAGCGUCAACCGCGGCAGCAACGUCGUGGGCGCCGGCAUGGUGGUCAACGACUGGAUGGCCGUGACCGGACUCGACACCACGUCCACCGAGCUGAGCGUCAUCGAGAGCGUCUUUAGACUCGGCGAAGGCCAGGGCCCCAGCAACAUCAACACCACAAUGAAGGACACCAUGGUGGAGAGUUUUUACUAA